AUGUCGUCUGAGACUCAAAAACCUGCCAUUAUGAAGCUGGUGACGAAUGAUGGAGAGAAUUUCGAUGUCCCUCUGGACGUGAUUCGGCUUUCCACAACCAUCAACACUAUGCUUCAGGAUCUUGGCUUGGAUAACGAAUCGAACGACCCGAUUCCCAUUUGCAAUGUGUCCGGUCCGAUUAUGAAGAAAGUGCUGCAGUGGUGUACAUUCCACAAGGACGACCCACCAAGCACUGAUGAUUCCGACAACCGCGAGAAGCGCACUGACGAUAUCCCAAGUUGGGACGUGGAGUUUCUGAAGGUUGAUCAAGGCACCCUUUUCGAGUUGAUUCUUGCUGCGAACUACCUCGACAUCAAGGGCUUACUUGAUGUCACAUGCAAGACAGUGGCCAAUAUGAUCAAAGGCAAAACUCCAGAGGAGAUUCGACGCACAUUUAACAUUAAGAACGACUUCACUCCAGAAGAGGAAGAGCAGAUACGCAAGGAGAACGCGUGGUGUGAAGAUUGA